AUGUCGCAAGUGUUGCCGCUUGAGCUGAUUGACAAGUGCAUUGGCUCCAGGAUCCACGUUGUCAUGAAGUCUGACAAAGAGCUUGUUGGCUGGCUCAAAGGAUUCGACGAGUUUGUGAACAUGGUGUUGACAGACGUGACUGAAUUCGAGAAUGGACCCGAGGGCAUUGUGACAUCGAAGCGAAAGGAGAUCCUGUUGAGCGGCACACACAUUGCCAUGCUUGUGCCCGGCGGCGAAGGACCUGUGGCAACAGAGGAGGCGUAG